UAUGCAUUGACAAAUACAAUCAGCAUUCAAGAUCACUAGUUUUAAACAUUUUGCACACAUGUACUAUCAACAUUUCUUAAUGCUGAAACAGUCUCUCAUGCCAAUGUUGGGCAGAGAUAUUCUAAGGGGUCGGAAGGAACCAAAUGAGACAUUCCAGAUGUUUGAAUGAAUGCACCACUUCAUUAAACCCACUAAAUAAGGGUGUAAUUUGACUAAAAUAAAUAAAACUAACAGGAAAAAUGUCGUUAUUUGAAAGAGAAGCACUACAGAUGCUAAAUUCUUAUCAAGUCAUGCUUGUUCAUUGUUCAGUUCACCCAGGACCCAGGAGCUUCUCGCUGUGAGGCGACAGUGCUUUCUACCCAUGGCACCACCAUGCCGCCCCUCAGUAUUCCAGUAAACAAAAAAGGUCGAAGGAAAUAUACGUAAAUAAAUGUUUAUUGCAUGAAAUUUGAAACUAUGUAUUCUUUAUCAACUAUAAUGCAACGAACAAAUUGUACAAUAAAAAGUAACAACCGUUGACCAAUAGGAUGACCGGACGUGCAAAGGGGCGUAACUUCCGGUUUGGUGGCCACGUGACCUAAUAGAAGUCGCAUGACUUGUGUGUUCCUGUUAUGAGGAGUCACCACGAUGCGUUCACUGACAGCACCUCUGGAUGCUAGCUAGUGCGGCUCUCCUCACACCAUGUCCGCGUCCUCCACUCAUCGCAGCCCCACCUGCAGCUGACCCUUCCCUCGGCUUCACCUCCACCGCCCUGCCUCUAUAAUGGAUCCUGACCCGCGGAUCAGCCCCAUUCCGCAGCCCAGUGCGAAGAACUUCUCGCCGGACUAUCGCCUCCAGCUCAUCGCGCUGGGAUUCGGCUUCUAUGCGGCCAUGUUCCUCCUCUCCCACCUCCUGUCGGCGGCUUUGACCCGCACCUACAGCUCCCUGCCGGCGAAGGAGAAGGUCUUCUGGAACCUGGCGGCCACCAGGGCGGCGUUCGGCAUCCAGAGCACCGUAGCAGGUCUCCGGGCCCUGACGGAGGACUCACCUAUAACCAGAGACCGGGUGAGGGGACAGGAGGACUGGUCGUGGUUCAACGUCCUCACGGCCACGGGUUUCUUCAUGUUUGAGAACGUGGCACUUCACAGCUCCAAUGUAGUGUUUUGUUCCUUUGACCUCCCAUUGGCUUUGCAUCAUUUCUUCGCCCUGUCCGGAUACGCAUCAGCAGUGGUGUGGGACACGUUGGGCCACUUCCUGCCGAUGGUGACGCUUCUCCUGGAGAUGAGCACCCCGUUCACCUGCAUAUCCUGGAUGUUACUGAAGGCCGGCUGGGCGCCCACCCUGUUCUGGAGAGCCAAUCAGUGGGUGAUGAUCCACAUGUUCCACUGUCGCAUGGUCCUCACCUACUACAUGUGGUGGAUAACGGUGACCCAGUGGGAAGAGAUCCGCACCCACAUGCCCUUUCCGCCCCUCGUGCUCUACCUAGUAGGCCUUGCUCUGCUUACGCUUAUCAUGAACCCCCUCUGGACUCACAAAAAGACCAUGCAGCUGCUCAACCCAGUGGACUGGAACUUUGAGAGGAAGCCGGCGCCGUUGAAUGGCCCGACGGAGGGCAGGUCUAACGCUUGUGUUAAACCUCAUGCCAACUGAGGGGUACUGUACUGAGAAGGUCAUUUGCGUCCACAGGAUGCUAUUGUUUUAUUUUUUUAGGGUGAUUAUAUCAACUUGUUUUUGAAAAAUACUUUUACUAGGAUUUUUUUUUUACAUGAAAAUGUUGCUGUAAAACUCCUGCGCUACAGUCAGACUGCUAUUUUAUAAACCUAGUCAUUAAGUUUGUUGUGUAAUAGUCACUAUAACUGCUGUAUAAUUGGUUAUUCAUUUCCUACAAGAGCAAGUCAAAAGCACAAAACGAUUAAAUUACUUCUUUAGGAGCAUAAAUCUCUUUCCUGUUGAUGACUGACAUGUUUGUUAUUUAUUCUGGCUACACCAGAAAACUUUAGAAGAAACACACAUCUGUACUUUAAAUUCACAUCAAGGAUAAUUUGUCGUUAUAUGUUUUUGUUAGCAAACAGCUGCUGUUUAAAGAGGAGUCUAUUUGGGUGGGAGUCUCUCAUAUUCAGAGUGAAGCUGCUGCAUGUGUGAGCUUUGGUAGCCUGUUCCAGCAUCAUGAAGAGCUUUGAAUCAUUUAUGUAGAAACCACUAGACCCUUAUCCUUGCCAGACCUCCUUGAGUAAGAUGGAUUGUUAUACCUUUUCCUCCUCAGUAUUCAUCAAAUGGCCCAGUAGUAAAGUUGUAUAAGAAAUGCAGCGUUUGUCAUAAUACACAGCGCUACUGCUGCUUUUACAGCAGACCUAGUUUUUCAGGCCUGAAAGAGAAAUACAGUAUUGGCCAGAAAAUGUGUUUCCAUUUGAAGAGAGUGUAUUUUCUGUGAAUUUUAGUCACAUUGCAACGUUUUGCCUGUGAAUCCUCUUUAAGAAGAAGGACAAAUGUUUGUCAUUGUCAGAAAAGAUCAGUAUUCUAACAAAAUUGUCUUCACAGGACAGUAACCUCAGAGCAAGUCCUCAACGUCUUUAUUCUUUAAAAUGGAAUAGAGGAGCAGUGUUUGUACAAAAUAAAGUGUGUAAUAGUAUUGUGCCGAAAAACAUCAUGGUGAUUUUGUUUGGGUCAUGUAUUAUUUUUUUCUGUUUUUGUUUUUGCCACACAAUGGCAUCAUUGUACUGGAAAUCUUGGCUUGGAUUGGUUGUGUUUGUCCAUUGUCGUAUCUGGCAUAAUAACGUUUUGUGAAGCUGUGCUGCCCAUGCAAAUCUUUCAGUGUGCUGCCUCUAACAGUAUGGCUAUCGUUGCUUAUAGCAAUGUUACUAAUCUAUAGAUUUAUUUUAACAUCAAGUUUAAAUUGUUUUGUUACAGUAAAUUGAUUAUUUACAUUACUAGUAGCAAAUACUGUUCCGUUUCCUCUGAACUUAAACACUGUUUUUAAUGAUUUAUCAUUUGAGUUGUAAAUAGAGGGAUUGUCUCAUUUUAAGUUUGUUGGGAGUGUAGAGCAGCACGUAUGCCUGCAGGGGGCAGCACAUGAUCAGGAAUGUCAGAAUGUUUGCCCACCCGAGGUUUUAUUGCCUCUAAAAUAAACAAGUCUUUUUACAGG